ACGGUAAAUGUCACCUAGACCUUUAAUAAGGGAGCAUGACGCUUGACAAACUGAUAUACUCUCUUCAGGUUUCUUUAACAUGACUUAUUCGUUCGUUCGUUUUGCCUUCCAGAGGGACAGUAAGGCGUUUUUCGUUCACUUUAAAGGAAAAACAUCGUUUACAAUGGCUAACGGGAGCUAGGAUGAAGUGAACAGGGAUUUGUUUUUGUAUCCUAAGCGGAGCCGGAAGUGGGAGCUUCAUGGCAGUUGCGCUCUUGUUUAAGAGUUUGAAACAAGGCAAGUUCACAAAUGUGGACUCGUCUCUUUGUCGGGAAUGGGAGAUGAUCUCGGCUGCGUGAAUGUGGCCUCGAAAAAUAUGCUUAGUGUUACCGGUUCCGACGGAGAAACCGUCGGUAAUGUGUCGGAUGUGGCUGUGGAAGUUGGGACGCAAAGCUCUGAUUUUGGAGAGGAAGACGGAGAGACCAAGGAGUCGAUUGUGGCUGAUGUUUUGGACUUCCAGUACUACAAAAACGAAAGCAGGGAUAAAGACACGUGCAGAAAAACGUCACCGGUAGAAAUCCUAAGGAGGAAUUUUGGAAUAGCGAAAACAUCUGGAACUGGUGGUGACAGUAAUGUGGAAAGCCCUAGAGAGUUGGACAAAGUCGACUCCAUGUUGGAGAACUUGGACCAAAGAAGGAACAGAAGGACACGAUGUAGCUCCUCUCUCAACGAGGAAGAGGAAAAUCACUCCGAAUUCCUAGAUCUUGUAACAUCCCUGGAAUUAGAAGAUCCCGAACUUCCUGUUUCUGAAGAAAACGGUGAUAUCAGAAGCGCAGAUGAACGUCAGCAAUCCAAAGAGCACGUCUACUGCACUGUAUAUUGUAUAGCCAACGACAACUAUAGGAAACCUUCAGACACCACACUGUCAUCAGAACAUGGAAGUCCAUCGCCAUCGGAUGUGUCUGUUUUGCCUCCUACAGACUCCCCGAACUCGGAUCCAGAUCCAGACCUUGAUCAUUAUCCAGAGAUGUACACGCUGAGCGACCUUGCGGACCCUCCGAUGUUGAACAAUGUUCUCUACAUGGGUAACAUACCCUUGCAGUGUCGCGUGUGUCUUGUUGUCAAAUCCAUCACUUCUCUGCACUGUUGCAAAAAGCCGGUGUGUGAAGAGUGUAUGAAAACAUACAUCACUUCUCAGGUUGUCUCAGGCCUUGCGGAGAUUGUGUGUCCGAUCCCUGAGUGCAGCGGAUACCUGGCCGAGAGCGUGGUGCUGGCCCACCUGGCCUCUGAGAAUGUGGCUAAGUAUAAGUACUUUCUGGAACUCGGCAGACUGGACUCGGGAACUAAGACCUGUCCGAAGUGUAGCUUGUUCACUUCGCUGAAGGGACGUGGCCAGCCGACGCAAAACAAAGACGAGCCCAAGUUCAAGAUCCAGUGCAGUAAGUGCGAGCUGGUGUGGUGUUUUAGAUGCCAUGCUCCGUGGCAUGAGGGUUUGAAGUGCCGCGAGUACAGGAAGGGAGACAAGCUGCUGCGUAACUGGGCCAGCAUUAUCGAGCACGGCCAGAGGAACGCCCAGAAAUGCCCACGCUGCAAGGUCCAUAUCCAGAGGGUGGACGGCUGCGAUCACAUGACCUGCAGGCAGUGCAACACCAACUUCUGUUACCGCUGCGGUGAGAAAUAUCGGCAGCUGCGCUUUUUCGGAGAUCACACCUCCAACCUGAGCGUGUUCGGCUGCAAGUACCGCUACCUGCCCGAGAAACCGCACCUGCGCCGCUUCAUCCGUGGAUCGGUGUGCGCGGGUAAAGUGCUGGUGGCGCCGGUGCUCAUUGUCCUGGUGGUGGUGAUAGGAGCCUUAGCUCUGGUUAUAGGUCUGGUCGCAUUCCCCAUUUACUACAUCUGUAAGAAGAAUAAACACCCCAAUGGCAUGGGACGCUGGCUGUGCUGAAACUGCACUUCUCUCUCUCUCUCUCUCUCUCUCUCUCUUUCACACACACUCACACACACUACACACUGAUAUGGAUGACGGUCGAGUGAACUCUCUGUUGUUUUCCUUUACCUCCAGCACACAGAUCACUACUCCAUCGAGGAUUUUCACAGCACAACAGCGUAUGUAAGAGUUCCUCCAGUUUACACAACGUCCUGUAGACGGAACUAACGCUUCAUGUGAGAGUCGUGCAUUUUAUCUUCACACUUUUUACCAUGUAGAAUGCUUUUAUCUGGAUGUUUCAAGUGAUUAUUCAGGGGGAAUGGGGUGAUGGUUAUGUCAAAAGGUAUUCAGUUCUUACACACACACACACACACACCCUGACCCAGCAUGUUGCACUGCACCUCUACUGGAAUUUUGCACCAUCAUCAAAAGUGUGUGUGUGUGUGUGUGUGUGUGUGUUCACAUUCCUGCACUGAAGACAACAGCCACUGCUUUUGUCAGAUUAGCUGGAGAUCUAUGCCAAAUUCGGAUGCUGAUCUGAUGUACUGCCUUGGAGAUCAUCUCCAUGCCAUUUGUAUCAGCCUUGUUUACACCUCACGCUAACAUGCACUGUGUAUCUGCAUAUCCAUAUCCAAACUAGCCCCUUGCUUUUACACCUGCUAUUUAUAUGUAUUCAGAGUUGGAGGUGCGAGGAGGAGUUAGGCAGUUAGGGGUAACAUUAAAAUGUUUUUUUUUUUUGUUUUGUUAUUUUUUUUUUUAAGCCAGGAGGGGUGCCAAUAUUUAUGCUUUAGCUGUAGUGCGUUUACCUGAAAGGUUCUGCUUUUUGAGCUAAAGCAAUUUUCAGGUCAAAUGCAAAUCAGAUAUUCUCUACAUAAAAGGCAGUUCACUGAAGGGGAAAGGACAAAUUUGUCACCGCUAGACAAGAAGGCGGAGUUUAUAGUCUCUGAUCAGUAAAACCUCUGAUCAUCAUUAUCAUUUACGCUGUUAGCAUUGGGCCAUCCUGUCCGUAGACAUGCUACAUUGUUUCCCCUACCUGCUAAUGUUUUAUUUUUAACAUUUUAACACGCUUGUGAUGCAGUUACGACGUGAAUAGCUGUCGCAUUGCUUGAAACAACACAAUGCUUUUCCUCACAUUAGAUGUAGGCUGUAAAUAAAGGUGGGUAUAGUCAGUUUGUCAUAUUUAAUAUUUAUAUAUUUUACAUUUUUCAUGUUAAAUGAAAGGAAAUCAAUUUGUAGUGCAUCUUGCAGAUGUAUUAAAAAAAAAUUAUAUGCCAAUGAGAAACCCAUUGCAAUUUUCAGAAUUAUCUAUUUAUAUAAAUUUGAUUAAAAGUGAAGGGUUUUCCUGGAACCUCAUACAUAAUAGCUGAGUGAACACGAAGCAUUCUGACAGCUGAACUGAAAAUAUUGGCACCUUCGAUCUGACCUAGUGUUAAUUUAAUUAAAAACAAAUUCCUUCUUCUUCUGUGUGUAACUGUACUGGUGUGGAUCCAUGUCUGGGGCUUCACCCAUGAAGGAUGCCACAAUCCCAUUAAGUCUGGGUCAUGCUGUAUUGCACUCCCACCCCCCAAAUAUUCAUAAAAAGGCAUGUUAUUAUGAAGUGUAAACGAGGCCUGAUGUACACUCAUCUGCUGGGGUCCACACGGAGAACUUCUCCAUCAUGUCCUGAAGGCACAUCUGCAUUCUUCAGUACAAUGGAUGAACAAAGUCUACACACCUCUGAUAAAAGGGCAGGUUUUUGUGCUGGAAAAAGAUACAUAGAUAAACUUUUUCCACCAUCACAGAGAAAUGACCAAAUGAAGUGUAAACAUGGGGGUGGGGGGGAUAACAAUAACUUGGUUGCCUAAAUCUUGCCAUUUUUUAAAGGUGAUUAAUCGAAGCACCUUUUGAUUUUAUUACACCACUCAGUGUUUUUGUCUCAGAGUUUAUCAGCAUGGCACAUCACAACUUGGCAAAAUUCCCCCGCUCUUUCUUGCAAAAACAUUCAAUGUCCAUUAAAUUGUACAGACGUCUCCUGUGUACAGCCUGCUUCUGGUCAGCACAACAGAUUUUUAGUUGGAUUCAGGUCUAGGCUCUGACUCGUCUGGAUUUUCUUUCGAUUCAGCCAUUCCUUUGUUGAUUUGGAUGUUGAUUAAUGCUUUGGGUCAUAGUGGUGCUGAAAGGUGAAAUUUCUUUCUCAUCUUCAGCUUACUCGCAUACACCUGAAGCUUUUGUAGGAAAAUGAACGGGUAUUCGUAGCUAUUCAUGAUUCUUUCCACCUACAUAAUAGCCCCAAGCUGAAGAAAAGCAGCAGUAAAGCAUGAUGCUACCACCACCGUGCUCCACUUAUGGUGUUUUUGUUUUGUUUUGUUUUGUUUUUCUCCAUACCUUUUGGAACUGGAUUAAAUUUAUCAGACCAUUACUUUGCACUUCACACUUUGCCACAUGAUCUGAAGUAAUUAGCCUGGAUAUCUAGCCAUCCUACCCAUGGCCCAGGAGAGAAUUUUAUCACAUGAAGACAAUAAUCAGUACUUUUCUGAUAUUCCUGCAGCUCCUUUAAUGUUGCUGUAGGUCUCUUGGCAGCCUCCCUGGUAAGUUUUUGUCUUGUCCUUGGGACAUCUUCUUGCUUGUGUCACUGUGUUUCCAUGGUACAUCUAAUAUUUAGGAAAUUCCCCCUCACCUAUCAACAAGUGACAUCCCAUACAUGCUUUGUGAGCUUAUAGCAGGCCAUGGCUUCAGCAGUUAGGUGAAUCCAAAAAGAUGGUUUCCUAGAGAAGAAGCAGAUCUUUAUCUGGGGUUAAUCAAUAUCGAUUUUUAUCAACUUCAAUCUGAUCAACUUCAUUAUUUAUGAAGACUGUAUGACGAUUACUUUGAAUGCGAUUAGUUUAUUAUAAACAUAGCCACACCCCCAAUUGUAAAAGGGUGCACAUACUUAUGCACCCAGGUUAUUGUAACUGUUUUUGUUUGUUUGUUUUUUUUACACAGUGUAGUUUCACACCGAUGGUGGAAAAAGUUCUGACGUGAUUUAGCUUGAAUUCGUUUCUUUACAUCACAAAAUCCAACAGGGUUGUGUAGACGUUUCAGCAUCCGUUGUGUAUCUGUUUGUUCUCAGGUUCAUCCCAUAGAAAUGAACCUCCAGUAUAUUUGCACACAAUGUUCCAUAUCUCUGACCUUUGACACCGUGGCAUCAUUAAUGAGGAGCGGCUGAUGUAACCGCGAUGGAUAUCACAGACUCGUAUCCAGUGUUGUAUAUUACGCUCAGUGACUAUAAUGCCUUUAUGUCACAUACAUUAACUCCAGAAAAGGCACGGUGUCGGAGACGUGCCUCGUACCGGACCACGCGCUCAGUGCGAAGGUUAUUGCGGAGUUUCGGUGAUGACAAUCACACAUUUCCAUCGAAGACACAAUCAGGCUGGAGAGUUUCACGGCACUUUUAUUCUCAGGGAGUGCAUUCGGAUUUUCACACACAGCUCUUUCACUCCUGCAAUGCUGCGACUCGGUGUUUGUCAGAUCACAGCGUUGCGCUCGCAUCGAGAAUCAGAAAUGAGAAAAAAGGUCACAGUGCCAUGAGUCACAAGUCUAUGAACAUUAAUUCGGGACCUGCUGUUGCACUCUGCUGUGAGCCAAAGGCCCUGCCUGGGCUGCUUUCAGUGGUAUUACUGAUGUAUUACUGAUGUAUCUUUUAUCCUUUUGUGCCUUUUAAUAUGCUGUAAAUGGGAUCGUAUUAGAGGGAUUUUUUUUAUUUUAUUUCAAACCUAUUUGAAUUCUGAGUCGCAUAUGAGUGACGAGUGCAUGCACACUUUCCAAAUGAUCCUGUGGUACAUGUAUGAGACCACCGCACAAUCCAUUUUUUUUUUAAUGAUUGUUACGAAUUUUGGUAUGAAGACACCUUAUAUGUAUGUUUUUUUUUUUCCUUGAUUUUGUUUUGUACAUCCCCUAAAUCCUCUUACAAUGCUUAAUCUUGUACGCUGCUGCACUUUAUCUUCAGAGUCUGUCAUGUCAGUCCACUUCGGCAGACCGUGGUUACUAGGUGGAAUUAAAUGGAUCUGGGUGAAAUACCAAGAUUUGUUUAUUAAUCUUGAGGGCGUGUUAAGAGGGACCCAAAUGUCUGGUUUUGGCCUUAAUGCUGAUAAUUAAAAAGAUCACACAAUACAAGAAACACUGUGCAAGU